AUGAUCGAAAGAUUCUUAAGCAGAGUCCGUGUCGGCGACGUGGUAUUCCAUUCGUGGAAAUGUAGUUAUGGAGCGCUCGACAGCAGCAUGUACUGCCUGAUGGUGAACAACUGUACGGUAUCUGGUGAACGGGAUUCAUCGAAUCGAGUUCCAAUAUUGGAUGAGUUUGGCUGUUCACUGUUCCCGAACGUUCUCCCACAUGUCGAGUAUCCAUCGGAUCUUAAUGGUGGACUGCUUGUACAUGCCUUCUCGCUUGAUGUUGAUCAGGCUGCCGUCUAUUUCGAGUGCAACGUAAAACUUCUCCUAAAAUUAAACGGAGUUUGCAGAAGACCCACAUGCCCGCCUCUGAAAGAACUACGAGGAGUUCGCAGUCGUUUCCGUCGCCGUAUUGCAAAGCCAUAA